AUGCUGGGCCACUUUUCAAUAACCCACAUCCCACCCCUGUUCGUUACAGCCGCGCUGACGUUCGGUGGCCUGAUUCCCCUCUUCGACGCCGAGUUCGCCAUUCGUGAAUUCGGACUCCCUAACCAGGCUGCAAUCUCCAAGCCUGCCCAAUCGCUCAUGAUAACCAGCGCGGGGCGCGGCACGGCCAUCGGACUCGCACUGACGACCCUCUACCUGCAAGGCAAGUUGAUCGAGUUCGAUACCGUAUUGUCGGUCCUGUGGUUUGUGGGUAUCAUCGACGGCUACGUUUGCUGGAGAGAAGGAGUGCCGGGCCGCGGCGUGUUCCGAGUGACGAGUGGAGUGGUGAUCGCUGCGUGGGGGCUAUUUGGACUGACGUCGCGAUUAUAG